AGGAACAAUAUUUUUAUAACAAGCAUUAACAAGACGUUGCUAGGAAGUUUGUAGACAACGUAUGACUGAAACGUGUGUCAUUAUAGCCACAUCGAUGUUUCCGACAACAGCAAAUACCUAAAGGAGGCAUCGACAGUUUGUUAUUUGACUUAAGGAUCACAUAUAGUGAGUUCAUUACUUUCUGAAAUUCUCUUAUAUUGUUUUGUAGGUUGAAAUCCAGCCCUUAGUCGAAACAACACAGACUGGCAGUCCACUUAGUUCACAGGCUUUUAAAACUCCAAAUUAUAUAUUCAGGCUGGCGUUGUGGUUGUGUUCCGCAGAAAUGCGGUUGUUGGCGACUUUUAAAAAUUUCAUCAAAACAAAGUUGUAAUACAUGCACGCCGAAUUCAAGAAUGUUUUCUUCUGAUACGGAAUAUCUCUUAAUAUAGCAAAUAUACGGGAAAAUAUUUUUGUUAGAAAUAAAAACAUAUAAAAUUCUAAAGCUUUUGAAUGAAAUUCCGUGUGUUCCUUCCAGACUAGAGGAGCAUGCUUCAAAGCCUCUUUAUAUUGGCAUUUGUUUGUUCUGCCACACAGUGAAUCUUCCAAACAAAUCUGCUAAUACAAUGGCUUACAGAAGAGCUGUAAACCUUCUUCCGAGUGGAAAUGGGUGUGUCUUUAGUCUGUGGAUACCUCGUUUUCAAAAAUUACCAAAUGUCAUCAGCCAAGCUGUCAGAUUUUAUGAACACACCAAUAAUAACUGUGGCAAAACUACAAGAACUCUUUAUACUGGUACACCAUUAAUGGCAGCCAAGUUGCUGUCGGUGGAUGAACUUUUUGCCAAGAGUUCUCUGCAGGAAUACUUCAAGAAGAUAGACGCAGAGUACAGUGAAUGUUUGAAAACAGUCAACAGUAAUUUGACGGAGGAGCAGUGCAGUGAGGACGAACUGAGGGCCAAGAGGACCAAAGUGUCCCAGCUUGCUCCCCUUAUCCAGAGCAUCAGAGAGCUGGACACCAAACAAAAAGAGAUUGCUGAGACCGAGAAGCUCCUAAAAGAUGAAGAUCCAGCCCUGCGAGAACUGGCGGAGCUGGAAAGAGAAGACUGUCUGCAAGAUAUUCAAGAGUUUAGACAAAAGAUCCUGGGUCUGUUGAUCCCUGAGGAGGAGGUGGAUUUGAGCGACCUUGUCCUUGAGGUUACAGCCGGUGUCGGGGGUCAGGAGGCCAUGCUGUUCACUGCUGAGGUGUUUGAUAUGUACCAGGGCUACGCUCAACACCACGGCUGGUCCUUCGACAUCCUGGAGCACAUGACCAGCGAAAUAGGUGGACUACGUCAUGCCUCAGCCAGCAUCAGCGGCCCUCAGAGCUACAAGAGGAUGAAGUUUGAGGCUGGAGUCCAUCGAGUUCAGAGGGUUCCCAAGACUGAAAAACAGGGCAGAAUGCACACCAGCACCAUGACUGUGGCUGUACUGCCCCAACCCACUGAGAUCUCUUUCACAAUAAAUCCGAAGGACCUGAGGAUAGACACUAAGAGAGCGAGUGGAGCUGGAGGUCAACAUGUCAACACCACAGACAGUGCAGUCAGAAUAGUGCAUCUGCCUACAGGUGUGGUUGCAGAGUGCCAGCAGGAACGGUCCCAGCUGAAGAACAGAGAGAAAGCCAUGAAGGCUCUGAGAGCAAAGCUGUACAGCAUGAAGUUAGAGGAGGAGACCAGCAAACGCUACAACCAGCGUAAAAUACAGAUUGGCACGAGAGGCAGAUCAGAGAAGAUUCGAACCUACAACUUCGCCCAGGACCGUAUAACAGACCACCGGAUCGGCAUGACAGUGCACGACAUCAAGAGCUUCCUGCUUGGAGAGGAUCUGCUGGAUGAGAUGAACUCCUCGCUGCAGGAGUUCUCUAACCAGGAGACGCUCAUGGAACUGCUGGGAGAAAACGACCAGGAGGGCUUAUGAGCUUGUUGCUACAUGUUUUAGCAAAGCACUAAAACGGUAAUAUUGGCCAUUCCUACUCUGUUUCUGCAGGAAAAACUGAGUGAAAGGACUUUCAUGGAUUAUGAGGGGGACCAAGGCUGAAUGCUUCUGCCCAUCAAAUGUAAAAAACAAAACACAGACAUUUUAACUUCCAUACUCAUGUCGAGGAGUAACAAUCAAUGUCAGCACAAACAUAAAAGUGGCUAAUUAAAUGACUCAACUAUGGAGUAAUUAUAAAGACUUGUACUUCAACAUGAGCUGUAAUAAAAGUGACUCAUUCAGA